GCUAGUGCAGAGUUUUCCGGUCAAAGUUGAAAGGUGAAGAAAAGCAGCAGCGCUUGCCUCACGUUAGCCGAAAAUGGCUAAACAUCACCCAGAUUUGAUCUUUUGUAGAAAACAAGCCGGUGUUGCUAUCGGAAGACUCUGUGAAAAAUGUGAUGGAAAAUGUGUCAUCUGUGAUUCCUAUGUGAGGCCAUGCACACUGGUGCGCAUCUGUGAUGAGUGUAACUACGGCUCCUAUCAGGGACGCUGUGUCAUCUGUGGAGGGCCCGGAGUAUCUGAUGCCUACUACUGCAAAGAGUGCACCAUCCAGGAGAAAGAUAGGGACGGCUGUCCGAAGAUUGUGAAUUUGGGCAGCUCCAAGACAGAUUUGUUUUAUGAAAGGAAGAAGUAUGGCUUCAAGAAGAGGUGAAGAUGCUGCAGACCAAUCCAUGUUUUAGUUGUUCAGGAACAUUUUUGGACUUGUCAAUAAAGAUCUCUUUUGUAUUUCUUUCUUUA